UAAUAGAACGUUAUUCAAUAAAAUUGAUGUCGUAAUCCAAGAACAUAUGUUAAGCAAAAGAAAAAGAAAUAGCCUUGCUUUCCAUUACAAUAAAGGCUCAAGAAGGGCAACAGUUGUAGCCAUCUGCUGGCUCAAGUGGAUCAAGAAGCGACUCGGUCAAUGCCCGCCGAGUAGGGUACGGCGGAAAUUGGGAAAGCGCACGUCACCUAUAGUGUGCCGCGCGUCCGAGAAGAAGCUGUACCUUUUCUUUCAAGCGCUUCUUCAAACUCGCCAGAGAAUUACGCGACAUGUUCCGAAAUCAAUAUGAUAACGAUGUUUCAACGUGGUCCCCACAAGGCCGCAUCCAUCAAGUUGAAUACGCUGUUGAAGCCGUCAAGCAAGGUUCGGCAGCGAUCGGUCUGAGAAGUAACGAAUACGCCGUGUUGCUCGCUCUCAAGCGUUCAUCGGGCGAGUUGGCAUCAUACCAGAAAAAGUUGAUCAAGGUUGACGAGCACAUGGGCAUUGCUAUUGCUGGUCUUACCUCAGACGCUCGUGUGCUUAGCAACUUUAUGCGAACUGAAGCUAUGCGAUCCAAGAUGCUGUACGACCGACCCAUACCCGUUCAAAGAAUCGUCUCGACAAUUGCAGACAAGGCCCAGGUCAACACACAGCAAUACGGUCGCCGACCUUAUGGUGUCGGCUUGUUGGUGGUCGGAUACGAUGAAACUGGCCCCCAUCUCUAUGAAUCUUCUCCUUCCGGUACUUGCUUUGAAUACUUUGCCAUGUCCAUUGGCGCGCGAUCUCAAUCCGCAAAGACCUACUUGGAAAAGAACUAUGAGCAAUUUGCCAAUGCCUCGCUGGAUGAUCUUGUUCGACACGGCCUUUUGGCUCUCCGAGACACAUUGCAACAAGACAAGGAGCUCAAUAUUCACAACACUUCAAUCGGCAUUGUCGGCAGAAACGAGGAUUUCCACAUUAUCGAAGGUGAAGCUUUGCAACAGUACUUGGAGCUUUUAGGCGAUGAGACGUCCAGAACUCGACGUGGUGCCGAGGGUCGAUCAGCCGCAGAUUCAAUAGCAGCAGAGAGCUCUCGGGAGGAUAGCAACACUCAAGUGGAUCAGGGUGGUGUGGCUCCUAUGGACACAGAUAACUAAGGAUACAACAGAAUAAAGGAUUGACCAUCUACCAAUAAAACACCACACACAGAUCAAACACAUUGAAAUUAUCUUUAACCUCAAUGAUAAGUCGUACAUUGUUCGGAAAUAAUAAGUCUUAUGAAGAGGAUCGAAAAUUAAGAAAUGCUUGCUGUAUGUGACAAAAGAGAAGCUGUAACAUAAAUGCAUG